UGGUGGAGGAAGGUGUAGAGAAAGCAAAUGUGUGUGUCAGUGUGACUAAAAAUAAAGAGUUAAAGUCAGAACCGGUGGGAGCAUUUCUGUACACAAACACACAUGCUCAUUGAGAAGGCUGCACAGCUGAGGGAGUCUUGACUGAGAGAGCUGUGAACCAUGUCGGUCUGCAUGGUGAAAUCCAGGGGCAGGAACCCGUACGCAGCAGUGCGGGUAGAUCCCGACAGUGACUACAUCACACCAGGAACUCUGGACUUGGAGCAGCUCUUCUGGACGGGCACAGCUGUUCAGUUCACACAUGUCAAUCAAGUGUGGCCCAGCAUAUACAUCGGGGAUGAGAAGACGGCUCUGGAGCGGCCCGGCCUGAGGGAACUGGGUAUCACACACGUCCUGAACGCGGCUGAAGGGAAGUGGAACAAUGUCCUGACGGGACCCGAUUACUACUGUGACUUGAACAUCCAGUACUUUGGCGUUGAAGCAGAUGAUAAACCCACUUUCAACAUCUCCCAGUUCUUCAGUUCCGCAGCCCAUUUCAUCCACGAGGCCUUGAGUCUCCCAGAGAACAAAAUACUGGUGCAUUGUGUGAUGGGCCGCAGCAGGUCGGCGACCCUGGUGCUGGCCUACCUGAUGAUGAAACACAACCUAACUGUGGUGGAUGCUAUCGAGCAUGUGCGACAACGACGGUGCAUCCUGCCCAAUCAUGGUUUCCUGAAACAACUCAGAUCUCUUGACAUCUCACUGCAGGAGGAGAGACUGCAGCUAAGGCUUCAGCUAAAAGACCAACAAGCUUGA